GAAUAUUUGAAUGAUGGUAUCCCCAUGAUGCAAGUGCGAACUCCUCAUCGACUAUACCACACUUGAAUACUCCCUGCGAGCAGUUUGCUUAUAUUCUUCAACCACCAAUAAAGCAGGACUCCUUCUCCCCGCUCGCUACGCCUUCACAGAACCACAAGUCCGGGUAUUACUAGCAUUCGCCGAGCACUAGUAGUAAUACCAUCAAACACUAACUUACAUCAACUAAUGCCGAAGGCACCCCCAGCCGCUAGCGCUACCAACCGCCCUGCACUUCGUAGGAACCAGGCUUGUCGCCCGUGUCGGAAGAGAAAACUUAAAUGUGAUGCUGCCCGUCCCCACUGUGGCACAUGUGUAAAGCAAUGGCAGUCUCUCAUAAGUGUCCCUGCACCGCCCGACUACGCGCACCCAGCAGAACCGCAGUGCGUUUAUGACCCAGUGGACGGUCUCUCUUUGGCGCCAGAUACAAAUCCUCUCGACAAAAUUCGGCUUCUGGAGGAAGAAGUUUCAAGAUUGAAGACCCAACUUCAAGAGCAACGAAACAAUGGACUUUCAGGACCAUCUCAGCAACCACUACGCCGUCUCAGUCAGCUGCGCCCUGGAUCCGCCUCGUCUUCCUCGAAUCUUGAAUCCGGAAGUCAGGCAACUAGUUCUGUUCAAACACCGUCGGUUCCUUAUCCAAAAGAUCUUAUAAUUCCAGGGCAUAUGCACGAUUCUGAUCACCGUAACAACAGCAACAGUCCAGAACUUUACGAGGUUCGGCACAAGAGUUCCACUGACACUAUUCUCGAAAUCAUAUACUCCGGCUGGAAUCCCGAUCUUCCUGAGCGCAGUGUUUUGGAGCACUAUAUAGAUGUGUUUUUCAAGUGCGACCCUUGUGGUCCUCGCAUCCUUCAUCGCCCAUCCUUUCUUGCAGCUGUACGUCUGGAUCCUAGGGAUCCUUCCUUUCCACACUCGGCCAUACUCCAUGCAAUAUGUGCGUCAGCUUCUAGGUGGUCCUCCCGCAAUGUGGCAACUUUGCCCGACGGCACGAGACGUGACGAAUUUGCAGAGUUCCACGCAAGUAAAACUCGGCAGUAUAUCGACAAAACCAUGGCCAAUGGCCAAGAUAUCUUUCCCGUCGUUCAGGCGUGCAUCUUGCUCGCUUGGUAUUUCUAUCAAGAAGGGCGCUGGGUCGAAAUUUGGAUUUUUGCAGGAUUCCAGACUCGUGUUGCCAUACCACUACGGUUAAAUUAUCCAGGAACUUUCUCGACUCACAAUACUGCAUCAUCAGGUGGGUACCUCCCUCCCCCAAAAGACCUCAGAGAUCUGGAGUCACGUCGUCGCACCUGGUGGACGACAAUCAUCUUUGACCGUAUAGUAUCGGUCGGUGGAUGGAUCCAUGCAAUUGAUGAGAGAGAUAUCGGAACUGAGCUUCCUCUCCGAGGGGAAGACUUCGACUCAGAGCAACUAAUGCCCAGCAAUCCUCAAGACAUGUGUACGGAAGACGUCUUUACUACACAUUUGCCGAAAUACACCGAUUCUUUUCUACUUCUAAUCAAGGCCAUAAUGAUGUUCGGUCGUGUCACAGACUUCAAUGUCCGAGGAAACUUGCGUGCUCCGACUGCGCCUAGCAAGUUUCAAGACCCUUUCGAAUUACCUGGCUUUGCGGAUCUUGAUCGACUUGUCUACAAUGACUUCCUAGAGAACCUCCCGACUAUGUUCAAAAUGACGAGCGCUAAUGAACUACCUGGUAAUCAUGGCUCAGUGGACACGGACUUAUAUAUGGUCCAUAUUAUACCGCACGCAGCUACAAUUACACUCCACAAUCCUUAUCUUGACCUAACAGACUUGAAUCGCACAUCCACGAGCCGAUGUAUCAAUGCAGCAGGAGCCAUUCUUUCAGCCUACUUCAAGUUAUCCGAGACCUCUUUGGAUAAAUCACGAUUGCACCCAUUUGUCGCAAUCUGUUGGUACCUUGCCGCAGUCGUUCAAGUCCAGGUCUGCAAGCACUUCAUAGAAAUAGGGGAUGAGAUGAGAGAAGACCAGGUAUGGGGAGAAAUCAAUGUCUUGCGACAAGCAAUGAUCAACUACGGAGCGAGAUCUCCCAUAGGUACUCGGCAAGAGAAGUUGUUGCAAGGCCUUAUGAGAGAAAUAGUGCGAUUGACAAGCCAGAAACAACCAUUGGAGGUGGGGCUACCCCUAUAUCCAUUCUCUCAUACUACAUUGUUUGCGACGUCAACAUUACCUGAAAAUGCUCAGAUGGCGCCUCUGCCGAAUCCCUCCACAUCACACUCGAUGGAGUACGAUUCCCCGGUGUUCAUCCGAGAUUCGGGUUCAGUAGAUUUAUACUGCCGCCCCCCUGACAAUCCACCUCCUCUCCAGCCCAGCUGGUCUCCCCACGAGCUACAGCAGCCGCUCCGUUCCGAGAGCGGAUUGGUGCGAUGGAGUUACCGCACAUAAGUUUAUAUUACUUAGUUUCGUUAUUUAUACUGUUGGUUGCCUUGGACUGCAUAUAUCACUUACUU